AUGCCGGUAGUUCAUUUACGCGCUACCCGUUCUUACUUACGGCGUUUGAGGAACUCGAACCAACAGAGGGCAAAUGUUAUCGGAUAUGUUACUGAGGUGGGGCCGCAGUCUGUGAAAUCAUCGGGUGCUCGCGCGGUUGAGUUCAAUCUAACCAACGAACGCAAUCGCCGGGUUAGAGUGACGCUGUGGGGUGAUCUCGGUGAUGUUAUGCUUAAGAAGAAGGACGAAAACCCGGCUGUCUACUGUCUAAUCCUGACUUCCAUGAGCGCAAAGUUUUACCUGGGUGUCCUUGGUUUGUCCAGUUCAUCGUCAACUAUUCUCAUUGAUUCCUCCGAGGUUCCCGCACUGCAGACUUUUAAGUCGUCUGUCAGCUGUGUUCCUAUUGGAGAUGCUAGCGAUCCAGUGACCGAGGAAGUUGUAAGUGUUGGUACUCUACAAGAGCUUGUGGACAGAGUUCGUGCUGACAAAUCCAAAAAAAAGGCCAUCCUUUUCCGGAACGUUGUAGAGAUUACGUCUAUUAGAACCAAGAACAGCUGGUAUCUUUUCACGUGUUCCGGUAGCCAAUGUCGUAGGGGACUAACAAGAGAGGGCGGUUACUUCAUUUGCAAGGCGUGCAAAUCGAAGGUUGACUAUCCAAGGACGAGGUUUCGGAUUCAAGCGGAUGUAACUGAUGGAACAAUGAGCACCGUUGUCACCCUCUUUGAUGAAGUUGCUGAGCAGUUGGUCAAGAGGACCGCAAAAUCCUUAGUAGAGGAACAGCUAAAUGAUACUUCUAUAGAUGCUCCCAUAUUACCCUCCGCCCUCGAAUCCCUUAUUGGAACAAAACACACUUUUGAGAUAAAGAGCCACACAUACUACCGUUAUGGAGAAUAUGAGAGCUUCAAUUGUGCGAAGAUUGUCGGCCCUGGUUUGGAUGAUACAGAUGGGAAUGUUAAGUGUGUCACGUCGGAUUUGGGUGCCAUACCAUCUGACUCCCCAAAGCGUGGUUCGAGCCUCCCGCCUCCGACACCCGGAACUGGACGCAAACUUAGAAAACUCUACCUUGAAGAAUCGGAUGACGAUGAUGAGGGGGUGUCCGUUGAUCGUGCGCAUGUUACCGGUGUGGUUGACAAUAGUGGGGAUGCUAAGAAGGGCUCUCAUUGA